AUGGACGACGACGACUACGGCGACGCCCCCGACGCCGACCUCGCUGCCGCCCUCGAGGCCGCCGAACGCACACAAGCCCGCCCCACAGCACCCCCCGCACCCUCCGCACCCGCACCCGCACCCCCACAGCGGCCCGCCCCAGUCGUAGGCAAGCUCCCCGUACAGCAGCCCAUACCGCAGAAGCUACGUCCCGCCGGGUCCUCAAUCAUCGUCAACACGCGACAGAAGGGAAACCCAAUCCUCACAUACAUCAAGAACGUCCCAUGGGAAUACGGCGACAUAAUCCCCGACUACCUCGUCGGCGCUAGCACCUGUGCACUCUUCCUCAGUCUCAAAUACCACCGCCUACACCCCGAGUACCUCUACACGCGCCUCAAACCCCUCACCAACACCUACACCCUCCGCCUCCUCCUCGUCCUCGUCGACAUCGACACCCACGCCGACCCCCUCCGCGAACUAACGCGCACCUGCCUCCUCAACGACCUGACCCUCCUCCUCUCCUGGUCGGCCCCUGAAGCGGGCCGCUACCUCGAGACCUACAAAAUGUACGAGCACGCCUCGCCCGCGGCGAUCAUGGAGCGGUCCUCGGACGACCCGGCGACACGCGUGGUCGAGGUGCUGACGCAGGUGCGCAGCGUGAAUAGAACAGACGCCGUAGCCCUGGUGAGUAACUUUGGGACUGUGAGGGGAGCCGUGAAUACGUGUGCGGAGGAGGUGGUGAUGGUGCAGGGGUGGGGGCAGAAGAAGGUGGAGAGGUGGGAGAAGGCGGUGGGGGCGCCGUUUAGGAGGGGUGGGGGGGUGGGCGCGAUGAAGUCGAGAGAGGCGAGAGGGGUAGCGGAGAGACGGAGGAAGAGGGUGGAGGCGAGGGUGGGGGCGAAGUUGGGGAUUGGGGGGGUGGAGGAGGUGGAGGGGGAGGAGGGGGAGAAGGAGAAAGAGAAAGAGAUGGAGCAGUGGGUGGUGGAGGAUGAUGAAGAGGCGUUGAUGGCCGUGGCGGAGAUGGAGGCGGAGGAGCGGAGGAGGAAGGAGCUCGAGAUGGGGAAAGGCAAAGGGAAAGGGAAGGAAGUAGAUAGACCCGCCGAAGCUGCACCUGAUGAUGAAGCUGCUACUUCAGGCAUCAUGGAUGCACUAACAAAACUGCGAGAGCGUGGGUAG